AUGACACCAAAAUCUGAUAUUUCUCUUUUCAUAGUCACCCUUCUUCUCCUCCUCCUCACCCUCUUUUCUUUCCUCUCUAACGCAUCGGCAAAAGAACCCCUUAGCAAAAGCUCAUCUCCGUUUAAGUUCAUUGAGCAUCUAAAGGGGUGUCACAAAGGUGACAGGGUGAAGGGAAUCAAUGAACUCAAGAAGUACCUACACAAGUUUGGUUACUUGAACUACAAGAACCACGUCCAUUUUGACACCGAUGAUUUCGACGAGCUCCUUGAGGAAGCCAUCAAGACUUACCAGCUCAAUUUCCACCUCAAGGCCACCGGAGUGUUGGACGACAAAACCGUAUCAAAGAUGAUGAUGCCUCGUUGUGGUAUGCCUGAUAUCAUCAAUUUCUCCUCAUCCAUGCGAUCAACCAGGAUCAAUCGCGGUUCAAUUCAUAUAAACUCUGUUCACUACUCAUUUCCAGAUGGAAAUCCAAAAUGGUCUUCCGCUAAGUUCAAUCUCACUUAUGGUUUUCUCGCUAGCACCCCAUCCCAAGCCAUGGGUCCUGUGGCAAAGGCUUUCGCAACUUGGGCCAAGAACACUCACUUCAAGUUCAGCAAGGCCCAAAGCGGGAGUGCAGAUUUGAAGAUUAGUUUUGAGAGGAGAGCUCACGGAGACCAAUAUCCAUUUAAUGGGCCUGGUGGAGAACUGGCCCAUGCUUUUUACCCGCCGGACGGGAGACUCCACUAUGACGCAGAGGAGAGUUGGUCGGCGGGGCCUAAACCAGGUACUUAUGACUUGGAGAGUGUCGCUUUACAUGAAAUAGGGCACCUUCUGGGACUUGGGCAUAGCUCAAUAGAGGGAGCUGCCAUGUACCCAAUCAUACCCGAGGGACAAUCUCUUAGUUUGAAGGGAGACGAUCUUCAAGGAAUUAAAGCUUUAUAUGGUUGA